GGGCAACAUGGCGUCGUCGGGCUGUAGUAGCUUCCAGGGCACCGUCCAGCCGAGCUAGCGAGCUCUGACUUCAGCUAAACUCCAGCUGGUAUCGACCUCUCUGUUAUCAUCCCCGUCUUGACUGCUCAAGCCCCACCGCCUCCUCUCUUUCCAGCACCACCACCACCACCACCAAGCAGCUUACCCAUCUCGACUACUUUCGUGCUGAGGGAGUAAGUUCUCCGAAGGAGAGGAUGAUGGCUGGGAAAACGAGGACAGCUGCUGCUUCAGAUAGGAAAUUGCGACAUAUUUCAGCAGCCAUGCUUGUGGUGGCGGGUGUAGUCUGCGUCCUGCUCCUCGUUCCCAAUGCUGGGCGAGCUCCAACGUCUCUUCUCUCACGCAGAGAGAUGUCGAGGCUCCUUCGUGGGUUUGAGAACGAGCUCAAGUCGGAGAGAAGAACAGAAGCUGAGGGGGAGGUUGCGAACGAUAGGAAGCUGGAGAUGGAGGAGAACAUGUCGGUUCGUGGCAAAUUGCUGAAGUUCAAACGAGCUUUUCAUGGCCAGAUUGAGCGCCAGGACAAACAACUGGAAACCAAGAUGCUGCAGACCGCACACUCUGAGAAGAACAUAAUCGGUGCCCUCCAGAGCAAGCUGCAGAAGUUCGAAGAACACGUGAGUGAGCAAAUCUUGCACUUGGAGACGAAGGAGGAGAAGCUUGCGGAUGCUGAGGAGAGGAUCGCUGCUACGGACAAGAGAGACGGCGACCUUCCCAGCAAGAGAGCGAGGCCCGAGAGAAUAGUGAAGGAGGAUACUCAUGGCAGCCAACGACGACGUCCUUCUCUGCCGCCUCUCGCACAUGAUGUGCAUCCAGCGCGUUCACACUUGAAACUUGAGAAAGAGCUGAAGGAAAAGAAUCAGCUGAUAAAGAGCCUGGAGAAGAAGCUGAAACUAGCUCAAGUACAGCCGGCGGGGAAGAAAACGAAUGCAGCAAAGGAAGAGAAAAGUGUAGCGCAUCCCUUAACAGAUCAGAAGCAUCUGAAGCACCGCAAGCAGCAAGUGAACACAGCUGAAAUGAUCGCUGCUUUGCGAAACAUUGCAGAGAAGGCUGGGUAUGAUUUGAUCCCAAAUGGAGUCAAGAUUGACAAAUAA